AUGAGGGAACGUUGACAUAGUUUUGUAGUGAAUCGCUGUGGUAUAGAAAUGAAUUAACAAAAUGUUCCCCUGUACAAAAGUAAAUGAAAUCUAAGUUCUAAUUAUUCGCUAACUAUAAUGAGUCAGUUUAUUACUGUACAAGUUGGACAAUGCGGUAAUCAAAUUGGUGCAGCGUUUUGGCCUUUGGCUUUGCACGAAUAUGGAAUUCAAACAUCCUGCGGUGGCGUGAAUUUACUGAAAACUCAGAGAGAUCACAUUAAAAACUUUAAAGAUGUAUUGGAUGCUUUUGAUAGCUUUUUCUAUGUACCGAAUGGUAGAAACAACGUAUCAUUUAACACCAUCGGAGAUUUGAAUGAAGCAAAAGUAAAAGCAAGGGCCAUCUUAGUCGACAUGGAAGAUAGCGUUAUAUCCAGAUUCAAGCAAGGACCUAUGCGUGGACUAUUUGACCAAACAUGCUUUGUUGCAAAUUAUCCAGGCUCUGGAAAUAAUUGGGCCAUUGGUCAUUACACUCACGGAAGAGAAUAUCGAAAUCAUUUACGUAACGCAAUAAGGUUAUCUGCUGAGAAAUGUGACCAACUUCAUGGUUUCAUAAUUGUACAUUCUUUGGGCGGAGGAACUGGAUCCGGCUUAGGCACGGCAACGUUAAAGUUGCUAAAUGAUGAUUAUCCUCUUGUAGACAGAUUUGUCUCAUGUGUUUAUCCUGCUGGAUCAUCGGACGUUGUUACUGCUCCUUAUAAUGUUUUACUAAGCACACACGAGUUAGUGGAACAUGCUACAUGUGUGUUCCCAGCAGAGAACAAAGCUCUUAUGGAAAUUUGCAGUGCUCAAAUGGAGAAGAAAGAAAAUGCUGAUCAAGCAAAAUAUAAUGCAAUUUGCAAACCAUAUCACGAUAUAAAUAGUGUUAUUGUUAAUAUGCUUCUCCAUUUAACCAGUGGUUCCAGAUUUUCUGGCAAUUUAAAUGUUGACAUGAAUGAAUUAGUAACGAACCUGGUUGCAUACCCACAAUUACACUAUAUUUUUAGUAGCGUUAGUCCUGUUACUCUUACUGCACCAACUAGAUCUAUGGUGCAAGGAAGCAAGAUGUUCGAUGAAUUGUUCACCAAUGCUUGGGCACGGAAUAAUCAGUUGAUUAAAGUGGAUCCGUUACGAAAAGGAUCUGUGAUACUCGGAGCUGCACACAUUGCAAGGGGUAACCCAUCUUUAACCGACAUAAGAAGAAACAUUUUGAGAUUUCAAAGCAAAGCCGACUUUACACCAUGGAGUAAAGACAUCAUGAAAGUAGGACUAUGUUCCGUUCCACCAUCAGGACAUACCGCUUCCCUCAUUUGCCUUCUAAACUCAUCCGCCAUGUCUUCAGUAUUUAAAAACAUUGUUCAUGAGUUUAACAGACUGUAUCAAAAAAAGGCUCACACUCAUCACUAUAUACAAAUCGAGGGUUUCGAAGAAGGGCACUUUGAAGAAAGUAGAGAGUGUAUUACCAGCCUGGCUCAACAAUAUACAGAGGUUCAAAAUCAAAAACCCAUGAACAUCUCUAGAUUACAGUUAAUUUAACCAAUUAUAUUUAUUAGUAACAAAAGAUUGUGUAACAGACAUUAUAAGAACCGAUAAAUCACUGACUUUUAAAUAUAAUAUGCAUUACUUACGAAA